GCACGAAAAGGAGGAGAGGGUAGAGUCAGAACUUGGCAAUGGGAGAAGCAGAAAUUGUUGCAGCUGUUUUACAUAUCGCCCCUGAAUGCCCACAAAUGAGCUAGUUUUGAGAUGCUUUGUAGGGCUUGGCUGCUUUCCACGUGAACAGUUUUUUUAUCAAAAUUAAUAUUUUACAUUGAUCUUGCCUGUUAAUAUCUGCUGCCACGUUUGGACAAUGGUUGAUUGGAUGAUUUGCUCAUUUAGCUGCUUUGGGUGGCACUAUUCUGAAUACAAUUCAAAGCAUCAAAAGUGUGGAACAUGGCUCGAACAGCUGUUGGAUAUUUUGCUGGAUCUUUUGCGUCCAUAUACCGUAAUUCCUAUUACCGGCAAAGUCUGCAUGGUAUAGUCAUGGAAACUGAUGUUUAUCAUCUCUGCGGCAAAGAGGCGCUGCAGCUAGACACAACAGAGGAAAUCGAUGACACACUGCGGAAAUACUCUAUUCCAAACAAACUUCAAUAAUACCAAACGUCUUGAUGCAAAUAAUUCUUCUAUGGCUGCGUCUGAUUGUAAAAAGCAAGCAACUGCUGCAGCCUACUCCAACGAUCAUCAUGACUGCUCGGUGAUAUUCCUUCAUUCGUAUGAUGUGCACAGCUAUUUCCCCGAUGGAAUAUUUGUCACGCAAUAUUCAUCGCCCCAUAUGUUGUUAUACUUCUUACAUUC